ACGAUACAGCAAUCAUCUCAGAAUCAUCCACACCGGAAUUCUACGCAACCAGAAAACCUUUUUAACCUAAAGAAUCAUAUCAUCAAUUUAACAACAAUGUCGUCCAAGAUUCCACGUAUGGGCCGCAAUAAUAUCCCGCUGGAGAGCGACGAGACCGACUCAGACGCCCACAGUGGUGAGGGCCAGGAAUGGCAAGAAUUGGAGCGACUGUCGCUACCAGACUCGGUCAAGCGGAAACAGGGCGAGAUCCUCAUGGCCUCAGCCUGGACAGCAAAUGUCCGUCAAAGACUCGCCGAGAUUGAAGAGGUCGCCCUGGAGGAGUUCAAGAAAGAAAAGCUGGCCAAGCUUGGGGAUGCAGUCGGGCAUACGGACCACUUCCGCUGGGCUCUUAUCGAAGUAGAGGACUGGGGUUUGGCGAUGAAAGAGAGUAUGCUACCUGAUGGAACGCCGAUGAAGUUCAGUAAGUACUUCCUUACGAACUUGAAGGCUGCCGUCGUGAAGAGUGAGGCUGCCAUGGCCCUCGCUAAAAUCGCGCUCAAAGCUACUCUCGAUGUCGGAUAUUUGGGAGUCGUCGGCAAUUUUCCGUUUGAACUUAUUGGAGCUCCGUUCUCACAACUGGCACGAACCCACGCAGACCUCGCGAGGGACCUCAAGGCCCUAGAGAAGAGGCUCAAGAUGUGGAGGGACAUUGUCGAUGAAAGCGAUCUCCCGAGCGCCCCAGGGUCAAGCAAAGACGGCAUCUAUAAGUAUGUUGCGGACGACGACAGUAUGGUAAAUCCCGCAGAUCCGUUUUUCGAGGCGGGCAAAGAGGUUCGGGAAACCCUGACGAGCGAGAUUGAGCAAACCAUCAAUAACGCCCGCACAUCCGAUGGGAAACCCGUAGAUGGCAAGGUGAUACUCGAUCGCUAUUUUAAUUAUUUGAACCAGUAUCGAGACAAUUACUGGGCGGAUGUGCCAAGGCCUGCGGCAGCUCCCAACCGUGCGCGAGCUCCCAAGCAAAAAAAUGCGUUCGGAAAGCCCCCAGCUCCCCAGAGAGAGAUGACGCGAGACGAGCGACGGGAAGCAAGACGAAAGGCAGCCGAAGAGGAAAAGGCCGCAAGAUAUGCGGAACAGCUGCGGCACGUCCGAGUGGAGAGGAUCAGAAGAAAGGGUAGGGAGAGACGGGAGAAACAGAGAGACAGGCAGGCCGCGCUAAGGCAGGAGCUCGUAGAGAGGAUCGAGCGAGAACGGGAAGAGUCGAAGAAGAAGCGAAAGAGGGCAGAGGAAGGUGCAAAGGGGGAGAGACUCGGAUUUUCCACACAUAAUCCUGCUGACGCGCCGGAGAAGAACAAGCGGGCUCGAACCGAGGAGAAGCCAUCACCGAGCCCGAAACCUCCAGCGCCGCCGCCAACGCCAAACAGACCCGUGACACCACCGCAAGAGCCGAGUCAGAAAGCAGGGCCGACGCCGCCACCGACACCAGGUUCAAACGUACAGUCACCGAGAAAACUUCCGAAAUGGGUCAAUACCAUCGUGUCGGGUGAGUAAAAGACGACUGUUUGAGUCCUACGGGGACGGUCUUGCCUAGAUUCUAGCUAUACGGGUAACGAUGCUGCAUCGCCAGUGAUGGCCAGCUUCAGGUACCUGUCAUAUGUGGGCUGAGAUAGAUCAUGUUUAGAUCUCUAGGCAGUUGAAUACCACCCAGUGUAAUACGAUUAGUGAUUUUAAUGAUUUCGUUCAUUACUUGCAGUCGUAAUAUAAAAAAUAUAUAUCAUUAGAACGAUUAUUCUAAAGCGUGUGAGGUGGUUAGAAGUAGUGUUUUUUUUCGUGGCCCGACAGAAUGCGACGGAGACCCGAUUUAUUCCCACUAUUCGGAAUGAGAUGCACCAUUGAGCGGC